CGUUGUCGUCGACUGUCUUGCAGCUGAUCCUUGCGGCACUCGUUGCCGGUCUCAUUUCCCUCCUUUUCCUCUCACCCCGCCGAAAUUCGAGCGCGCCUCGCAGCAACAUGUCCUCUUCCACGGCAAAAUCGCGCGAGGCGCUCGUCCGCCAGCUGCGCAGCGUCACAAACGCGACGCAGGCCGACGCCCAGCGGCUCCUCAAGACCCACAGCUACAAGCUCGACCGGGCUGUCGAUGCCUUUUUCACCGAUGAGACGGCCAUGACGAACGCGGCCAAGGCGGCGGGCGGGGGUGGGGCCGACAAGAAGCAAGAAAAGGAGAGUCGGGAGAAGCUAGGGAGGAUGUUUGAUGAAUUCAAGGACGACGAUGGGACAGACAUCACAAUCGAGGGGGCCAUGGAGAUGUGCGAGGCGCUCUCGAUCAGCCCCGAAGACGUCGUCAUGCUGCCGCUCUCCUUCUACCUCAAGUCGCCUUCAUUGGGCACCUUUCGGCGCGACGACUACAUCGCUGGCUGGCGCACCAUUGCAGACGGCCAGCCGUGCGAGGACGCCGAGGCACAGAAGCGGCUUCUUCCACGGUUACGCCAGGAGCUCGAGCAGGACGCACCGGUUCGCGGCGAGCGGGCGAGCGAGGCAAAGGGGGGUCUCUUUGCGCGGACGUACGAGUUCACCUACACUUUUGCACGACCAGAGGGGCAAAAGAGUCUUCCUCUCGAGUCUGCCGUUGCAUUCUGGGACCUUGUCCUGCCACACAGUCCCACUUUCCAGGGCAACGGGACGCCGGACCGCAAAGGCACAUUCACACCGCGCCAGCUCCGGCUCUGGAAGAAGUUUCUCGCGGAAAAGGGCGGCAACCGGGCUAUCAGCAAGGACACAUGGACCCUGUUUCUCGACUUUACAAAGGAGAUCGAUGAGGAGUUCAAGACACACGAUUUUGAUGCGGCCUGGCCGAGUCAGAUUGACGACUUUGUCGAGUGGGCAAAGGAGCAGCCGGCGAGUGCGGGCCAGGAAGAGGAGGACGCCAUGGACGAGAGUCAAUGAGUGCGAGCGCCGUCGCACGCCAUCUUUCUCUCUCUGCUGUACGUCGCCAUUGUGGUAGUAGAGACAUGCAUUGUAGAGUGGAAGAUAUACAGAAACACGAGGCAGAAAG